AUGGGACUGCUUGCGACCUCGGCGUUCUGUCGGCAGUCGAAAAUGGAGCCGAAGCGAGACACCCAUCGGCGCAACUCUACGCCUUAUGGUUCAAUUCAAGCCAUUGUGGGGCAGUCUAAAUACCACCAAUCUUUAGGGCCCAUCAUGCCGAAAGAAAAGGCUUGCUUGAGCGAGCACAGUCCCUGCCCUCCAUCCAGUAAGAAUGCUAAAGAUAAGAGCAACAGUACAACUCUGCAAGCGUUACGUGACUCUAAAGGUGCAGAUGAUUCCUACAGAAGAGGCUCCAGCUGCAGCUCAGAAAAGGACUCCGGUUAUUCUGAUGGUUCCGACUGGCAGCAGACAGAUGUUGAGGACCAGCGGCGCAACAGACACCAGUCCAAAGCCGCCGGCCAAUCCGCUGGAGCGUCGCCAGCGGGCCAGAAAGAAGAAGCCGGUCCAAAGAAUUUCGGCCAUCCCGGCACGAUGCCCGCCAAGCUGAGCCACCCGCCCAUCUACAUCAUCAAAGACAUGGUGCUGAAGCAGCAGCCGGCCCUGAUGGAGAAGGGAGGGCAGCUGCUGUGGACCAGCGGCGUCAGGAUAAGCAGUCAGUCUCCACACAUGAUCCUCUUCGAGCAGCCCGGCCUCCUGCCCGCCGCCGCCGCGGCUCCCCGCCACCGCCGGCCCCCGCCCAAGCCUUCCAACGCCAAGGAGAAGCGGGCGAGCGGCACCUACCUGCCCAUACUCAACUCCUACCCCCGCAUCGCGCCCCACCCCAGCAAGAAGCCGCCCGACAAGUCCACGUCCAGCCAGGAGUACCAGAGCAAGAGGGUGUGCACCGAGCACGGCGCCGGGGAGGCGCCCGCCAGCAGGGGCCGGCCAGAGCAGCUCCUCCUGAGGCAGCCCAGAGGGUCAGCCUCACAGCCGGGCCCGUCGGGCUGCUCACCAGCUGCCUCCUGUCUGACCCCCCCUGUGCCCACUGCCCCUGCCCCAGACCUGAGAUCUCCCUCCACGUCCUCUCCCGCUGCCCCCAGGAGCGCCGGCGCUCGCCACCGCCGCUUCCUGAACACGGUGGAGAUCCUGCGGCAGUCGGGCCUGCUGGACAUCACGCUGCGCACCAAAGAGCUGCUGCGCCAGAGCAACGCCACCGAGCGGGACAUCAGCCAGCUGCGCCAGCACACCCAGCUGCUGUGGCAGGCCGCCCGCAGCCCCGCCCGCCGCCCCGGCGCCGCCUGGGAGCGCCUGCACCACGCCAUGGCCGAGUCGGGCAGCUACCCCGACCUCCAGAUCCGGCCCCCAGCAGAGAGCCCGUGGCUCCUGGGUCUGGUGAGUCGGCCAGAAGGUUUCCCCGCGGGUGGCGCCAGCAGACCGCCAUCUGCCGACAGCUCGGAGGCGCCGCCAUCUUGCCUCCUCGCCUCCAUGCUGGAGCACUCUCACUUACAGCAAGGCGAUAAGCCCUCAGACAAAGUCCCUUUCAUGUCUCCGGACAGUUCUACUGCCCCCAUCACAGCCUCAGGUGGCGGGAGCUUUCUCAGGCCACAGGUGCCCUCAUUUCAGACGUGGGGGGCGUUGCUGGACACCAGCCAGUCCAGCAGCUUUACAGAAUCAAGCACUGACCGCGGCCACGGCGUCAGCAGUGUUUGCUCAGGUCUGCAUCCCAGCAGAGCCAGUUGGCGUGCCCCCGCCCUCGUCCCCAGCCACAGACCCGGUGCCUUCACACAGCCCUUCACCCAGACGGCCCUCAUCAUCCCAGAGUGGCUCCAAAGAGAGCACCAGGUGCUGGUACCCAGUUUGUACAGCGCCCAUCCGGGCACGAGCAGGAUGGAGGAGAGGGCCAUCACCCAGCCCAGCGCGUAG